AUGUCGGCCGUCUUCAACAAAGACCGCCACAUCAAAUACUACCGCCGAUGCCUCAAAACCUUCCUCCCAGACCUCUACACCGGCAAUGACUCCAAUCGCAUGCUCCUCGCCUUCUUCACGAUCGCAGGCCUAGACAUCCUCGGCGCCCUUCACGACGAAACCACCCCCGAAGAGCGACAGGGCUACAUCGAAUGGAUCUACCACUGCCAGGUGCCAACCGGAGGCUUUCGAGGCUUUACCGGAACGGACUUCGGGAUCGAAAGACGGACACCUGAGAAUGCGUCCUGGGAUCCGGCGAGUAUCCCCUCGACAUUCUUUGCGUUAGUGCUCUUGAUUGUUUUAGGGGAUGAUUUGUCGCGGGUUAAGCGGGUCGAGUGUUUACAAUGGCUGCCGCGAUUGCAGCGUGAGGAUGGGAGCUUUGGGGAUAUUGUUGGGCCGGAUGGGGAGAUUGAGGGUGGGAGGGACUUGCGGUUCUGUUGUUUUGCGGCGGGAACGCGGUAUAUCCUCCAAGGGAAACGGGGGCAGGGUCUUGAGGGUGUGAAGGAUAUUGAUGUGCCCCGGUUGGUGGCUUUUAUUGAAGCUUGUCAGACAUAUGAUGGUGGCAUGUCAGAGGCGCCUUUUUGCGAGUCUCAUGCGGGCUUGACCUAUUGCGCUAUCGGUGCUUUAACGUUUUUGAAGGCCGAUAAGCCAGCACCAGUUCUCACGCCUGGCUCUGAGGAAUUCGAAUCGCUGAUCUGGUGGCUAGUCUCGAGACAGACAUCUGACCUUGGUGAAGACGACGAAGAGCAACCAACUGGUUCCGACAAGGCACAAGAAAAUCUCUCUCAAGCGGUCGAAGCGCUUCGUCUCAAUGGCAAGGUGGACGCAUUGCCUCCGAUAGAACCGCCGACGGAAGAGUCCUUACAAUGGGCUGGGUUUAAUGGACGGAGUAACAAGGCUGCUGAUACGUGUUAUUCGUUUUGGAACGCGGCUACUCUGGCAAUGCUGGACCGCUUAGCUCUGGUUGAUGCUGCUCGUAACCGGCGAUAUCUUCUCGAAAAGACACAACAUCUUAUUGGCGGUUUUGGGAAAGGAGUUGGGGAACCACCAGAUCUUCUACACUCGUACUUCGGACUGGUAUCGCUGGCAUUUGAAGGAGAGCCCGGGUUAAAUUCGGUUGAUCCGGCUAUGUGCACCACUCACCGGGGAGUCCAACAUCUUCAUUCCUUGCCCUGGUGGCAGGCGUAG